GCUAAAUGUAUGUGUAUAUAUUUGUGUUAUUUUGGAAGUGCGAAUUAUCUGUUUCUUUCUUUGUUGCAUUUAGAUAUUGAUGCUUGUGUAUAUGUAUAUCUGGGUUGGUGCUGAGUAUUUAUCAAUUUUUGGCUUUUGAUAAAUUAUCUGUAUUCAGUCUCUGUUUAUGUUGAGGUAACAAUUUUAUAGAUUUGUGCAGAGCGUGGUUCUGAGUCUUUAAUAGGACAAUUAGGUAUUUAUAGCAAUUUGCCGGCCCUGUAUAAGAGUGAUACUAUCAUUUUGUCAUUAUUUAAGGCUGAAAUUUAUGAUGUUGAAAAAAAGGAGUCAGUCUCCACGCAAUGACGGAGGCAGGAUUUUCACCCAGGGGUUCAUAGUUCAAAAUCCCUUCUUCCCCUUGGCCCCAUGGGAGUUUUUGGAAAGAGAUAUUGAUCUAGGCUCUUUGAUAAGGACUUUUUCAAAGAUAGCUGAACCGAUUGGGCAGCCGUGAGCUUGGAACUGUUUGAAUUCCUCUUGCAUUCUAAGGAUAAAUGCCUUUUUUAAGAUGAGAUUUGCUGAUUUUCAUAGUGCUUCCAGCAUUUGAGUUUUCCUAAUAAUCUUUGUACGCAUUUCUAUGUUGUGGUCCAGUAUGUAGCUUUAAACUGGUUGUACAUAUUUCUAUCUUCUAAAUUUGUCGUUUUUAUCUGGUACUCUUUUUGAAGAAUAUAAUUUGUUCACUCUGUGAAUUGACUUCAAUACCGGGAUUUUGAGGACUUGAACGUUUUAUGCAGAUGGCGUACAUUUGACCCUUUUUGGAAGUAUAGAUGGCAGAGUUACUUCAAUUGGUCAACACUGUUAUGAUCUUGCUGAUCAAGCCUUUGUCACUGGUCAAAUUCACUUGCUUCUUCGGUGUGAGAACGAUAUGCAUUGUUAUCCAAACCUGGACAGCGCUGGUGAGAGCUGCUAUGGGUUUUCAUGCCAGGUUACUCUGGAGACUGAUAAUUUGGUAUAUUGCUAUUCUAUCCCUACCUAUACGAAGUUUAACUGCUCUACAGAGGGAAAGGGUGCUGGAGAUGCAUCUGCAGGAAAUGCAGAUCGAGUUUGAGAAUCUUGUUUGGGAAAGGAAGGAACUUGAGAAGAAAAUACUAGUAGCCAUCAAGGAUAAAAAGAUAAUGCAGGCCAUGUUAGCAGAACUCGAGGAUGAACAUGACGAUGCCAUCGUCAAAAUUGAGCAAUUGGAGGGCCAGAUAUGCACUAAUUUUGAUGCAAGACGUGUUUUUCACAACUUAUGAUGAGGCGGUUGCAUGAUGACGAGGAUGAAGUUUUGCAUUUUUUGAUUAGUGGUGCAAAACUUCAAUUUGGGUUGGGUGAGUUUGCCCUGAUUACUGAUUUAAGAUGUCAGGGUACUACAUCUAUUAAGGUGUCAUCAUAUGUCAAUCAGUUGGUGAGAAACUACUUUAAUGGUUCAUCUAAUGUGAUAUGGUCUCAACUUGAAUCUUGUUUGUUUAAGGAUAAAUUCAAGUCUGAUGCAGAUGUGCUGAAGAUUGCAAUUUUGUAUUUUGUAAGCACCUUCUUUUUUCUAUGAUGAAGAUCAAAAUUGUUGGUAUGCCGUAUUUUGAUCUAAUUGAGCAGUGUGAUUUCAAUUCCUAUGCAUAGGGCAUUGAUGUUUUUCAUGCGAUAUUUUAGUCACGUUUCCACAAAUUUAAGAUAAAGCCUGGAUUUUUUUAGGUAUAAUGGAUUUUCUUUAGCUUUACAGAUUUGUUUGUGAAUUUAGCUUUACAAAUUUGAUUUUCUGGAUGUUGUCCUGAGUUCAAAGAUCGCUUUGCUGAGCAUAAUGGUUUCAAGUGUUGUUUAUUUUGAACUAGAGC